AGAACAGCAAAAUCCAAAAACUUUAUUAAUCAAAUGGCUUCUCGAUCUCUCCUAGAGACCACUCUGUCUCUCUCAUCGCCUCUCCACACUCCCAAACGGUCGCUCUCACUCCCCCAUUUAUUUUAUCAUCGUUCGUAAACAAAAAAAAUCCCAGAUAUUUAUAUGCUUUUGUUUUUUAUUUCUUGAUCAAGAACCAGAAAAUUCGAAAAAAAAAGACAUGGGUUUGCGCCUCCUUGUCCGGUUUGAACCGGUUAUGUGGCCGCAAGCUUGUCCGCCAUCGCUGUAUGCUUCAUCUUCUUGCAGUUGCAGCUCGAGCAAUGGGAAAUGCGAUUUUGACAGAAGGGUCUCCAUCAGAUCAAAAGCGCUUCAGAAAAAUGUGCGCUUUAUAGUUUCGUCAAGCAAAGUGAGUGCACCUUUUUGGGAGAGUUGGGUACCUGAAAAGAGCUCUAAAGGUCCUUCCUUUAGCGAUAUUGUCUGGCCUUCUGCUGGGGCUUUUGCUGCAAUGGCUAUAUUGGGAAAGAUUGAUCAAAUUUUGGCUCCUAAAGGCAUUUCAAUGACUAUUGCACCCUUGGGAGCCGUUUGUGCUGUGCUCUUCACUACGCCAUCAUCUCCUGGUGCUCGGAAAUACAAUAUGUUUAUGGCACAAAUCGGUUGUGCAGCAAUAGGCGUUUUGGCAUUCUCGAUAUUGGGUCCCAGCUGGCUAGCUAGGAGUUUUGCUCUUUCUGCAGCCAUAGCCUUUAUGAUUUUCGCACGUGCUGUUCAUCCACCAGCUGCAAGCUUGCCAUUGCUAUUUAUUGAUGGGGCUAAGCUUCAUCAUUUGAACUUUUGGUAUGCUUUGUUCCCGGGCACGGCUGCGUGCAUUAUCCUUUGUUUGAUUCAAGAGAUUGUAUGUUACCUGAAGGACAACUUGAAGUUCUGAAUGCUUAUUGAUGCCAAGCAAACGGAGGAUCGUUUUGUACGAAGCAUAUGACAAUUCUACCCACCAUAUGGUUCGACACUAGUUGUCAAAUGUUGUAGAAAUCUUUUGUGUAACACUUAGCAUAUUUUUGUUUUCUUCAUCAAGAUCUAUGAUGAAGGUUAAAAUUGUUUCUUGAUAAAAAAAAAUAAUAAAUGUCUGCAGAUGGAUUUAUUAAUGGUUAUCAAAUAUUGGAUUCACUAAUGUGUGAUGGGAAAUUUGAAGUGGUUAUAUUGUAACUUCCCAUCUGAAAUCUUACACUAGGAUGAUAUGUGAAGGCAUCUGAUGGGCUGUGAGUGACAGACUCAUUAGGCAUAUGUAGUUUUGGAGUUUGCUGUGAUCAUAAAACCUCUAGUUGUUGGUAUUAAUUAACUACAACAUUGAUUUUUUCUUUUUUUCUAGUGAUAGAAAAGUUGUUUUCAUGUUGUUCGAUUAUUGUAAUGACCAUUUUUUGUUAUUAUGAUAUUGACAGCCGUUUAAAUUUUAUAAUUCUUAUUGGUUUCUCUUACCUGGCAGCUUAAUU